AUGCCAGCCAAACAAAAAAGCAAAAAGUCAUCAAAGCAUCAAGAACUCUCCGAUAGUGAUGUACAAGACUCUGACUAUGAAGAGCAAAGAACAACAAGAUCAAGCAAAAGACUCUCCAACAAGACAUUAGCAAAUAUUGCCAAACAAACCAAAUUGGUGAAAGCACUUGCAGAAAAAAAACCAAAGAAACAAAGAAAAUUCCUUUCUCUGAGUGAAGAAGCCAAAAUCAGUGCUGUUAAUGCCAAAUUAUUGACCUUUAUUGUUGGAAAAAAGAAUCCAAUUUCAAGAAGUGAAAUGACAGCACGUGCUAAACAGUAUCUCACCAGUGAUGAGGAAUUCAAUGGAUUGAAAAUCACCAUUGCAGCUCUCAAUAGCAUUUCAUUGGUUAUGAAUCAUAGAUUUGGAGCUCUUUUCAACAUUGCCAGUAUUUUGGCAUCUUACAAGGAAUCUCAAACAGUGACAGCUUUGGAAUUGGAAUUUGCAAAGAAAAUUCUUGAUGGAAAAUUGUCUUCCAUCAAUGCAAAUGCAAAUGAUUUUGUCAAGAUGUUCUGUGAUUAUAGAAAUAAGGACACCCCAAUUAAGAAUCCUGACCCUCAAUUUGCUGACAAGCUCUUCUCAGCAAUUCAAAAAGAAGUUCAACUAGUCCAAUCAACCACUAAAGACAUUCCAUCUCAAGCAGAUAUCACAACGAUAUUUUCUGAUAAAGCUGCUAUUAAAAGAAUAGAUCAUGAAUUGAAAAUGUACAAGAAAACAAUUUUAGAAUAA